AUGGACGCCUACCGUGAUGAACGUCCCGGGAUCCGCAUAGCCUACAGGACGGACAGUCACCUCCUCAACCAACAACGGAUGCACUUCCAAUCGCGCGUAUCCACAACCAACGUUCACGACUUUCUCCAUGCCGACGACUGCGUCCCCAACACCAUUUCGGAAGAGGACAUGCAAACGAGCAUGAGUCUCUUCUCCGUCGCCUGCGAGAACUGCGGUCUGGUUAUGAACACGGAGAAGACGGUGGUCAUGCACCACCGAACACAGCCCAACCGCACAAUGCGCUGCAGAUCAGCGUGAACGUAACCCAACUGCAAGUGGUGGACAACUUCCCGUAUCUGGGUAGUACCCUCUCCCGCAGCACAAAAUCGUCAAUGAAGUCACCCGCCGUAUUUCGAAAUCCAGUCUGGCCUUCAGUCCCCUUCAAAACACAGUUUGGAAUCUUCACGGCCUCCAGCCCAGCACAAAGCUGAAGAUGUACAAAGCUGUCAUCCUCCCGACGCUACUGUACGGAGCUGUACGGACGGUGUACACGAAGCAGGCACGCUGACUCAACCACUUCCACCUCACCUGUCUUCGUCGCAUCCUGAAGCUGUGGUGGCAGGAUGGAAUCCCCAAUACCGAUGCAUUUGAGCGUACGGGAAUCCUCAGCAUCCAAACCAUGCUGAGACAACUGCAGCUGCGUUGGGGCGGCCAUCUUGUGUGGAUGGACAACGAACGACUACCCAAACGACUCUUCUAUGGAGACGUCGCCACGGGUUCCCGCCGUCAAAGAGGUCAAAUACGUCGGUACAAGGAUACUCUCAAAUCCUCCCUGAAGCGUUUGCAAAUCAAUCCGACCAACUGGAAUGACCUCUCCUGCGAUCAAUGA